GCCCAGGCCGCGUCACGUUCUCACACCAUGCGCCAGCACCACCCGCCUCCCCGUCCGCUGACUGGUUGGGAUUGGCGACAAAAGGGGACCCAGCGACUGGGGGGCUCUGAUUGGGCGGACGAGCUGCCGCUCACAUUUCAAGCGGCCGCUUGGGCGGCGGGGCUGGUUUAAAGGCGCCGCCCCUACUCCCGUGCCCCAUCCAGUGGCUGAGGGAGAGAGAACGAAGCGGCUAGCGGGGACCGGCGCAUCACGCAGCUCUACAACAAUGCCUGGGUCUCUUCCUGUGAAUGCUGAAGCCUGUUGGCCAAAAGAUGUGGGAAUUGUUGCCCUGGAGAUUUAUUUUCCUUCUCAGUAUGUUGACCAGACAGAAUUGGAAGCAUUUGAUGGUGUGGCUGCUGGGAAGUACACCAUUGGCUUGGGUCAAUCGAAGAUGGGAUUCUGCUCAGAUAGAGAAGAUAUCAACUCACUCUGCUUGACUGUGGUACAGAAGCUUAUGGAGAGGAACAAUCUCUCCUAUGAUUGCAUUGGGAGAUUAGAAGUUGGAACAGAGACAAUCAUUGACAAGUCAAAAUCUGUAAAGACUGUCCUGAUGCAGCUCUUUGAGGAUUCUGGUAAUACAGAUGUCGAAGGGAUUGACACAACAAAUGCAUGCUAUGGAGGCACUGCUGCUAUCUUUAAUGCUGUUAACUGGGUUGAGUCCAGUUCUUGGGAUGGUCGUUAUGCGCUUGUUGUUGCUGGAGACAUAGCUGUGUAUGCCAGUGGAAAUGCCAGGCCAACCGGUGGAGCUGGUGCUGUUGCUAUGUUAAUUGGUCCAAAUGCUCCUUUAAUUUUUGAGCGAGGACUGCGUGGGACCCACAUGCAGCAUGCCUAUGAUUUUUAUAAGCCAGAUAUGGUGUCUGAAUAUCCUGUAGUUGAUGGUAAACUAUCUAUUCAGUGCUACCUCAGUGCAUUAGAUCGCUGCUAUUUUGUCUACUGCAACAAAAUCCGUGCUCAGUGGCAAAAAGAAGGAAGUGACAGAGACUUUACCUUGAAUGACUUUGGCUUCAUGAUCUUCCAUUCUCCAUACUGUAAACUUGUACAGAAAUCUGUGGCUCGACUGUUGUUGAAUGACUUUCUUAGUGACCAGAACUCUAAAACAGAAAAUGGUAUCUAUAGUGGCUUGGAAGCUUUCAGGGAUGUAAAACUGGAGGAUACCUAUUUUGACAGAGAUGUGGAGAAGGCCUUUAUGAAAGCUAGUGCUGAACUCUUUAAUCAGAAAACCAAAGCUUCUUUACUUGUAUCCAAUCAAAAUGGAAACAUGUACACACCUUCAGUCUAUGGCUGCCUUGCUUCUCUUCUAGCACAGUACUCCCCACUGCAGCUAGCAGGACAAAGAAUUGGUGUGUUCUCCUAUGGCUCUGGUUUUGCUGCUACACUCUACUCCAUUAGAGUUACACAGGAUGCCACACCUGGUUCUUCUCUGGAUAAAAUAACUGCUAGCCUAUCUGAUCUGAAAACAAGACUUGACUCAAGAAAGUGUAUUGCACCAGAUGUCUUCGCUGAAAACAUGAAGAUUAGACAGGAAACGCAUCACUUGGCCAACUACAUUCCACAGUGUUCAGUGGAUGAUCUCUUUGAGGGAACGUGGUACCUAGUGCGAGUGGAUGAAAAACACAGAAGAACUUAUGCUCGACGUCCAGUGCUGGGUGAUGGGCUUUUGGAAGCAGGAGCUGAGGUUGUCCAUCCAAGCAUAGUUCAUGAGCUUAUCCCAAGCCCUGCUAAGAAAGUGCCAAGAAUCCCUGCAACCACAGAAUCUGAAGCUGUUGUUGUCUCUGUUUCCAAUGGAGAGCAUUAAUAUACCUCUGUGAGGUGUGAAAUGGGCGUGUGGUGGGAAAGGAAAAGGGAUUAAAUAUUAUCUAAAUUUCACUGUAUAGAAAUAUUCUAACUGGAGCAUGGAAAACUGUUUAAACUCCUUGACAGGCUUUGUUUAAUGUGGUUUCAUAACACUAAAGCAUGAAUGUAUUGGAAAAGAAAAAGGCAAAGGUUCUGAGGGCUUUCAUAACUCUGGAUGUUGUUGUGAUUUUAAAAAAAGAUUCAGGAAUGGGUGUACUAAUUACAAGAUCUUGCUAAGUGGACACAGAAAAACUGGAAUUUUGCUUGAUUUCCCAAUUUAAGUGAAACCUUCUAAAAUAGGUUUAAAUGUGCAUGCACAAACUCACCCUGGGAGUAAAAUUUUCUAAAUGGAGGAGGGGGAGAAACAAAUGGGUUCCCUCCUCUCCCCAAAAACUGACCAAAAGCCAUUCUCUCUCUCUUUUUCAGAAGUCACUUUGGUUUUUAAUGUUGGGGUCCUCACUGACUUGACAAUAAGCAGUCAGUUUUCUAAAUACAAUAUACCCAUUUCUUCCCCGGCUAAAAAAAUUAAGAUAGGAAUAGGUAUUAAGUGAUCAAAAAUCUGUGACCACCUUAUAGAUUUGGUCUCCAUCUAACUCCUAGUGUCUGUAUCACAUCACUUUUAUCCACAUCCUUAAAGCCCACCACUAUACUGUUUUGGCAACAAGAGCAGAGGCCAAGGACUGAAUGAAGUUGGAGUCUUUUGUUGUCCCUCCACUGAGCAGUUCUUGGCAGGGCAGUGGGAAGAAAGCUGCAUCUGUCAAAUAAAGGGUUUAAUUCCUUAAUUCUUUCAAUCUGGCACCUUUUAAAAAGCAUUUAGGUUUAAUACUCCUUUUUUUGUUGUUGUUUUUUUGGUCAGAAUGAUCACAGAGCAGACUUCUAGUCCUCAGUUUCCAAAUACUAUGGGGAGUUUAUUCAAACUGACAAACCACAGAGGGAAAAGAUGUGACAGCUCCUUCUUGACUCCUAGCUCUUCUACUGUAUUUUUCUUAAUGACAGUUUUUAACUCUGAACUCAUGAUUGAUUUCAUAUUUCACACUCCCCUUGUACUUCUAUAACAAGACUGUUGCAGGAAAACACACAAACCUUUUUCCAUCCUUCCAGUCUGAAAGCUGUUCAUCAUGCAAGGAGCAAAUGUCCAAAACUAGUGGGGAGACCAUUCUGAGCUAUCAAGAGCCUUGCUAGUUUGUAAAAUAUAUUUAAAUUGUUCUAAUGUACAGGACUGAUUCUCUUGUUUAAUUGUAUUUCACUGUCCACUUCAAAACUUAAUUGUCUAAUAUAAACUUGCAGAAAUGACAUGUUGCGAAAUGCAGGUUCUUGUGUAAUGUAGUGUUUGUAUAAUACACCGUAUGUCACUCAUGAGGAUUUGAUAACUUUUUUUGUUGGACUUGUACAGUCAACUUUCUAAAAUUUCAUUUAAUAUAAACUGAUGUGGACUAAUGGUCUAAGUGCUUUUACGGAAAGUGAUGGAGAGAUGAUGCAUGAAGAUACUUUUCCAAGUGUUUGGGUUUUUAGUUUCAUAAGAGCAACUCUAUUGGCUGGCAGAAGACAAAUUUAUCACAGAAUAAAGUCUAUUGCUGGCAAUGGACAGGCAAAGAACUACUGGCACAAAAAAUUAACUUGCCAUCCUCACUAACACCGAAGCAGCUGCUUUUGUAAAUAAAGUUUUAGAGAUACUCAAAACGGUGUUUGGUGUAGUGCUGAAGUGGUGUGGAAUACAUCUCUUAAAUGGAUUAGGAAGAGUCUAAUGACCCAGCAAACACUGGAGAGUGUACAUGUUACUGAUCAGGGAACCCAACCUAUGCAGGUUUUCUAGUAUAAAUGCUUCACUUUUCCGUUCUAUAGUGGAAUAUUAAGAGGAAAAUGAAUCAGACUGUCUAGUUGACACUCUAACCCAAAAAUAUUUAGAAUCAUGUUUUAGGACUGUAUCUUUCACUAUUAUGUACUGCUUGUUCUUUAAACCCAAACCAUUUCUAACACAGCUGUAGUCUGCAACAAUUCUUUUCCCAUCCCCUUUCCUUCAAUGUUUUGAAAAAGACUUGAUAGCUUAAUUUUUCUUGACUGCCCUCUUGCUUUGCACUCAUCUAUGACUAUGAUGACUGCAGUUUCCUGUUACUUUUAAAAAAAUCCAAGCUCCUUUUUACUACAUAAAAGCAAAUGAACCACCCCUCUUCAUUUUUAAUGUAUAAAAAAAGCUAUUUAAAAACCUAUCAGGCCAGUGUAAAUAUGGAAAA